GUAUCUCCCUGAUCCUGUGGAACGGCCUGUACACGGCGGAGAAGGCUGUGAUGCAGUGGACCCUCCUCACUGAGGCCUCCUACUGCGGAGUGCAGUUCCUGGUUACCUCUGUGUCCCUGCUGGAAGUCGGCUUCAUGUCUGACGGCGCCCUCUGUCUGCUGCUAGGGGAAGUGCUCCUGCUGCUGGUCACCCUGCUGUACCACCACCAGCUGGGACGCAGGGUCAAGAAGAUCUGACCGGCAGGGGGCGCCAAACCCCACCUGUACCGCGGAAUCCACAGAAAGCACACGUUCUACAGCCGGACUCUCACACACACACGCCACCUCCCACCUCCCACCUACCGCCAGCCACAGGACCUGACAUAAGUCGGCUCUACAGACAGACACAGUGUGUGUGUGUGUGUGUGUGUGUGUGUGUGUGUGUGUGCGCGCGAGUUUAUGAUGUUUAUAUGUUGCUCUUCAGUCAAACUGUGUGAGUGUGAGUUUGUGAUGGUUUUAUGUUCUGUAUGUUCUGUAUAAUAGGCUUAGUGGAGAACUGUGAAGGUUGACGGUGUGAGUCUGCUUGAGUUAUUAUGAGCUGCUGGAUAUCAUCCAGAUAGUUUUUGAUAUUUUUGAGAUAUGAGGUGUGCAUACAAAUCAUCUAAGAUAUUUGAAUAAUGGGCAGUGUUGUCCGCGUGGCCAUCACUGUACUACAUCAUCAAGAGCAGCAUGUGGAUAGUGUCUGGCCUUUCCAGUACGGUGUGCUUAGCAAUGAGUCUGUAGCAACACAGUGCAAAGACAGUCCUGCUUAAAGACCCCAUCACAUUGCCCACGACAUACACUGACUGCUCACCGCUAGGUUGCUCUUAAUUGAGGUAAUGUUCUAAAGAUUUUUGUUGUAGUUACCACUGGGCUCCGCGCAAAAGACCAUUGAUUUACAGCGCAAGUUCAACAUAUUUUAACUUUGACUGCGGUACGCGUAAGAGUGGCAAAGCGGCAGACCAGUUCUUGCGCACUCAAGCCAUUGAAAGUAAUGGGUUUCAUAGCGCAUGCUACGUGUAAUGUGGUGGGGCCUUAAGGCUGUGAAUUUGGAGGUUUCCCUUUUAUGUCCUGUUUAUUUCUCUGCGUUUUGUUGGCUACACUCUCAAAUACAUAAACAGAACAAAGACAAUGGAGAAUGUCUUGUAUCCACUGUUUAUCGUGACUGCAAGAUUCUAACUUAAUUAACAGUGACGCUGGAGCAGAACUCCUACCGUGAUAGCGUGACAGCUACGCUACACCAUGCUACGCUAGUGCUAGCAGCCUAUACAUCUUCCACAAUGUUGUGUGUUGUAGAAACACGGAAUGAGAAUAUUAAAGUUUGAAUAGCAUAUCUCAAACCGAUUAUUCGACUCUUCAUCAAUUAUUUGACUUUCUGUGCACACCUCUAAUUGAGAAAGAGUUAGUCUCAAUCUAAACCUGAUACUGUCCUUAUUGAGACCCAGAUCUAGUCCCAAUCUAAACCUGAUCCUGUCCUUAUUGAGACCCAGAUCUAGUCCCAAUCUACAGUAAACCUGAUCCUGUCCUUAUUGAGACCCAGAUCUAGUCCCGAUCUAAACCUGAUCCUGUCCUGAUGAAGUCCCAGAUCUAGUCCCAAUCUAAACCUGAUCCUGUCCUGAUGAAGUCCCAGAUCUAGUCCCAAUCUAAACCUGAUCCUGUCCUGAUGAAGUCCCAGAUCUAGUCCCAGUCCAGAGUCUGCUGUGUGUGCUGGCUCCAGUGCAUCACUUCUCAUGUCUCAGUACUCUGGUGCUGAACUCAGUGGUUAACCAGGA